GACAUGCCACUCCCUCCAUCUCCCUCCCUCUUCUCUCCCUUCCUCUCCCUCUCUCAGUCAGUGUCUUUCCUCCCCCGGUCAGAGGUGGAUUACGCAGCCACUUACGCCAUCACCAUUGGAAUUUAGUGUGGCUUUCCAAGAAGCAAGUCAAGAUAAACAUCGAUUUGCUGAUAUGGUGGACUUUCGUGCAUGAUAAUUAUAUGUGUGAUAUGACAGUGCUUAUCAAAACGACGGAAGCAUGAAAACAAUACCACACAUAAAGUCCUGAUAGAGGACUAAUUGAGCAACCUGCACGUAUACCCAGACCGUGCUUCGUGUUGUGGGCCUUGUGGCAGGUAGUGUGGAGCCAUGGUUGCGGUGGAGGUAGUGGUGACCUUCUUGGUGGUGGUGCUUGCCUAUGCUGCUUACUGGAUCCAACACCGCCGUUACCAGCAUGGCCUCUUCGCUCGCAUGGGCAUCCCGUAUGUCCAGCCUCACCUCAUCUACGGCAGCAUGCACGUUCUGAGGAAGCCCGGUACCCUCACCACGGACACGAUGGGCGAGUGGAUGAAGAAACAUGGAAAGAUCUUCGGGUACUACGUCGGCUGGAAGCCUACGCUGGUCGUUGUCGAUUUAGACCUCAUCAAAAAUAUCCUCAUCAGGGACUUCCACAACUUCAGCAACCGUCCUAAGCUGGUGAUCAACGCCCAACCCGUCAUGAACACGUUGGUGGGCCUGCGUGACCAGCGCUGGAAGGACGUGCGCUCAGUGCUGGGCCCGACCUUCUCCAUGAUAAAGAUGAAGCAAAUGGCCGGGAUCAUGAACGAGAAGAUCAACCUCCUCUUGAAGAUUAUCGAGGAAAAGAGCAGCGCCGGUGAGGCCGUGGAUGUAUACUCCACCUUCCAGGGCCUGACACUGGACGUGAUCAGCGAGUGCGCUCUAGCGAUGAAGACCAACUGCCAGCGCGAACAAAAUAAAGACGAGCUAUUCAAAGCAGUCCGUGAAUUCCUAGUUAACGCCGUCAACCCUGCCGUCUUGUUGGCCCUGUACGUGCCUUUGUUUGCCUCGUUCAUGAGCUUCGUCAGUAAUCGGCUGGCUCUGUCCGGCCGCAUGACCUGCAUGAUCGUGGAGCACCUCAAGGGCGUGAUCGCCAUCCGCCGGCGCGCCGCCAGCAGCGGCUCGGUGGACGUGCUGCAGCUGAUGCUCGACGCCGCUGAGUCACGCCACAGCGAAGCCCCGAGUGACGAAACCACCAAGGAACGGAAUAGACACAAACUGCUCUCAGACGAAGAGAUCAUCGCUAACGCCUGGGUUUUCAUGUUGGGAGGGUUCGAGACCACAGCCAGCUCCCUCACCUACUCCGCCUACCUACUAGCCACACACCCGCAGGAGCAGGAGCGGCUCUACAAGGAGGUGUGCAGCGUGGUCAAGGACAGAGACGGAGCAGCGCUGACUUACGAGGACGUGCAGCAGAUGAAGUACCUGGACCAGGUGUUCAGUGAGUCGCUGCGGCUGUACCCGCCCGUUGUGACCUUCAUCAGUCGGGAGAGUGCCCGCGACUUCCAGCUUGGAGACCUCUUAGUGCCCAAAGACCUUUCUGUAAUGGUUCCCAUCUGGCAGAUACACCGUGACCCUGAGCUCUGGCCUGACCCUCUCACCUUUGACCCAGAGAGGUUCUCUGCAGACAACAAAGCCUCCUCAACAAGACACCCAAUGGCCUAUAUCCCCUUUGGUGCUGGCCCCAGGAAUUGUCCCGGCAUGAGGUUUGCCCAGUUGGAAGCCAAGCUCACUAUAGCCAGGAUGAUAAAGAAAUUCAGGUUGGAGGUUUGUGAGGACACCCCCAUGCCUCUUACCUUAACCAUCCCAACUGUGACCAUCAACCCAACCAAGGAAGUGUUUAUCAAGGCUGUGGUUAGAGGUGCCGCAGAGGAGUAAGUGGUGGACAAAGAGAAGCUCAAUCAUUCAUUCCUUUACCCAAAGAUUAAUGCUUCAUGGUUGACUGAAGGCAGGUAGUAGUCUGUUGAAGUUUUCCUAUUAUCUUUCUUAUUUCUGACUCUAGUAUAUAUUGCCUUUUAUCUGUAUCAGUAGUAAUUGUUAGUUCAUAUAUAGCAUGUAUAUCAUAUAUCUUAACAACAUCAUUCACUCGGAAUAUUGGACAUCAAAAAGGCCUUAUAUUUCUGUUAGAUUUUGAAGAUGCUCAAUUUCCAUCAGUAUUUUAACAUGAUUAUCAAAGGGCAAGGGUUAUGUUUAUCAUAGUCUAUAGAGGAAAUAAGACAGAAGGGAGGGUGGAAAUCACCAGGGAAUAAGUUUAUUGACUAAACUACCUGGUAAUUGUUUGCUAGAAUUUCAACAGGAAGGGCGAAGAAAGUUACACAGGAUAAAAUUGAAGACUGAGGUGGAAAGAAGAAGAUGUUUGGACCAAAUGUUCAAUCUAAGGUGAUGGAUGGGAAAAUGCCAGUACAAGGGGGGAAGGUGUGCUGCACUCAUGGAUCCAGAUACAAGCAUUUGGCAGUACGAUUAGGAGACAAUGGGGGAGGUGUUGCCAAGGCUUGUGGGAGGGUGAAUGGUGAAAGGCAUGAAGUCUACUUCUUUCCUUUGUGGUCCUGUUUCUACACAACAGAAAUGACGAUGGUUAUUGCCAUAAAAUUUUAACUUGUUAUGGAAAAAAUGAGUUAUUAUUAGCUUCUGAAAAUAUACUUAAGGAAAGACUAGGCAGUCAUUGUAAACUGUUAAAUAUGUUGUGUUAACUAGUAUAUUGAUUAUUCUAUACGUAUUUUUAACUUAUAGUUUUAUCUUGACAAUUAUACAAAAACUUAAAAACA